GUUCACCAGACAACUUUUGUUGUGCGGUGUCUGAAGUGGUUGCAAUCGAGGUACACAUCCCACUCAAUGGGAAUCACGAUCGUCGGCCAUUCGAUGGGUGGUUUGGUUGCAUUGGCGGCUCUGUCAAAUGCCAUCAAGUACCUUGACAUAGAUCGGGAUGCCGUAGGACUGGUAAUUACUUUGGCUUCGCCACACAGCAGGGCACCGCUGAUGACUCAGCCAGCCAUGGCCCGCUUUUAUGCCUCUUUGCAAUCCAGAGCAGGUUCCUUGCACGUUCCCACUGUGUCCAUAUCAGGAGGAUGGAAGGAUUUGCAGGUACCAUCGUCCAUGGUGCUUCUCCCAGGUCAGACAUCCACAGUCACUUAA